CAUCGUUUCACCUGAACCAGCCUCAAAAUGAAGUUCCUCGUCAGUACUCACGUGCAAGAAUUCCGUUCUGUGCUCGGGGACGACACUUCGCACGUUUGUUUCUGCCAACACCACUCCGGACUCUCCUCGCAAAUCAACGGACGCGAUGUUAUAGAUGUCUGGAUAUGCGAGGGCGGCGAAGUCACUGAGGCGCUGAUGGAUCAGUGGUUAGACCGGAACUGGAACUCACCGAAAACGCUCCUGGUAAACGACGCCAAGUUCAUACCUAAUCUUGAGAACCUUUCCAAGGGCCGCGUGGCUGAGAUCCAAGCGAUAUCCAAGGAGGAGCAACGCGCGUCGUCAUGGGUGAUUUCGACUCUCCGAAAAGGAGAGAUGCUUUACGCUCGCGCUUGUGCCCGCGGCCCAGUUCAACACAACGGAGUCACCCUUGACCACGACACCAAAAAGACGGUCUUAAUUGUUGGAGCGGGAAUCAUGAAUCUUGUGACGGCAGAGUUUCUCGCUAUCCGCGGGUUUCAAGUGCGAAUCGUAGACGCCGGCCCAGACCCCCGUACUUGCAAGGACUGGACUCUCCUCGGUGCCACACACGCAGGCGGCAACGCUCGUAUGUUCAGCUAUACCGAAGCGGAUAACUACAAUGAGAGAGGUAGCGACAUCUAUCAUAAUAUGCGGCAUAUUUUUCGCAAGACUACUCUGAAUGGCGGCUGGAGUGUGAAAUCACCCUUGAGUUUCAGUGCUGCUGAGGAAGCUUGGGUCAAUGCUUUUGAGCAAGUUCCAAUCUGGCUGGCGCAGGCUAUGAAAGAAGAUAUUUACUAUGUCAACCGCGAAGCUGGAAAGCUCUGGACUGAAUACAUGGACCGCGCUCCGCAGCUCUUCGAAGGGGUUUCGCUUCACACCGACAUUCUACGCUUAUAUGCGGAAGAAACCGCUCUUGCUGCGGCUUAUGAGCUGAGCCGAGACCUUGGGGUGGUCGUUCAGGACCUUUCCCAAGCAGAGCUUCUGAAAGAAAAUACCGGGUUUUCUGCGGCUGCCAGAUUCAAUGACCUCGCCGGUGGUCUCAUCGUACAAGGAUUUACACUCGGUAUUCACUCGUUCGUGAACAAAUUAAUCGAUCGAAUUCUUGAGCUCGGUGGAGAAUUCAGCUGGAACUGCCCCGUGCAGCGAAUUCGACAUAACGCCUCUGGUGAGGUGACUUCGCUGGAGUCUCAGCUCGGGGCUCUCCAAGCGGAUAAUUUCGUGAUAAGCACAGGGGUCGCGCGAAAUGGACUGCUUGACGGCACGGCCUCGGAGAACCUCCUGCAAGGUGUGUUGGGCGUGUGGCUGAAGAUUCCCAACUUGGAUCCCAUGUUACGAAACUCCACCAAAAUCCAUCGCCGUGGUUACCUUGUCGAAGACAUCAAUGUUACUGUAUCGAAAGAUGUCAAAACGGGCGAAGACAUUCUCAUCUUGGGCGGCGGAUACGGGUACGUUGGGUUGGAUUGGCCCUCACUGGAGUCUCCAGAAUUGCAAGCACUUUUCAAGGAGCUCGAGGAGGUGGCACUCACAUACUUCCCUGCGGGAUAUCAGCGCGCGAAGGAGCGGGGUACACUGUGGCUGGAUGGAGAACGGAAAUUUUGCAUUCGGCCGUUCACUUGUACAGGUUUGGGCAUCUUUGAGGAUAUUCCCACUGCAACUGGUGGGCAUCUCAUUAUAACUGGCGGAAACAACACAGGAGGAUUUGCCCAAGCCCCAGCCAUUGCAAGAGCGGUAUGUCGCGCUAUGGUGGGUGAGCACGACCCAAUUCAUGUUCUUUUCAAUCCCCAUCGCAGCAAACUGGUCGAUCAAAAGGCCAGAGACUUUCGCUUUGUAAGCAGUCUUUGAAAUCGUUUCCUUAGCACACAACUCUGGAAGAAGCCUUCGCCAUAGUUUUCAAUGGUCG